AUGGGUGGCGAUCCAGCCUUGUCCGACGACACGGACCCCCGGCGCGCCGACUAUGGCAGCAUCGACAUUAUUAGCGACGAUGAGACCGUGAUUGCCAAGGGGUCGCUGGAUCCCGUGUAUGAGUCCAAGGCCAAGGUUCUCAACCGCGCAGUCCAGGACAUCGGUAUGGGCUGGUACCAGUGGCAGCUCUUCAUCGUCGUCGGCUUCGGCUGGGCCAGCGACAAUCUAUGGCCCGUCGUCACCUCGCUCAUCCUCAAGCCCGUCGCCGACGAGUUCCUGCCCUCGCGACCACCCCUCCUCGUCCUCGCCCAGAACAUCGGCCUCCUCGCCGGCGCCGCCUUCUGGGGCUUCGGCUGCGACAUCUUCGGCCGCAAGUGGGCGUUCAACCUGACCCUCGGCCUGACCGCCUUCUGGGGCCUCGUCGCCGCCAGCGCGCCCUCCUUCGCCGCCAUCGGCGUCUUCAACGCCCUCUGGUCCUUUGGCGUCGGCGGCAACCUGCCCGUCGACUCGGCCAUCUUCCUCGAGUUCCUGCCCGCCUCCCACCAGUACCUGCUGACCGUGCUCUCCCUCGACUGGGCCGUCGCCCAGGUCGUCGGCAACCUCAUCGCCUGGCCGCUGCUCGGCAACCUGACCUGCGCCCAGGACGCCCCCGUCUGCCUGCGCAAGGACAACAUGGGCUGGCGCUACUUCCUCGUGGCCGUCGGCGGCCUGACCAUGCUCAUGUUCCUCGCGCGCUUCGGCCUCUUCAAGCUCCACGAGUCGCCCAAGUACCUGAUCGGCAAGGGCCGCGACGAGGACGCCGUCCGCGUCGUCCACGAGGUCGCCCGCAUCAACGGCAAGACCAGCACCCUGACCGUCGAGGACCUCCGCGCCUGCGAGCCCGACGACUACGUCGCCCGCACCGACGCCGCCGCCGCCGUCCGCCGGCAUCUCGAGAAGCUCGACGGCAAGCACGUCCGCACGCUCUUCUCCACGCGCCGCCUCGCCGUCAGCACCUCGCUCAUCAUGCUGCUGUGGGCGCUCAUCGGCCUCGCCUUCCCGCUCUACAACGCCUUCCUGCCGUACAUCCAGGACUCACGCGGCGCCGACUUUGGCGACGGCAGCACCUACAUCACCUACCGCAACACCCUCAUCAUCUCCACGCUCGGCGUGCCCGGCGCCCUCAUCGGCGGCCUCCUCGUCGAGCUGCCCCGUCUCGGCCGCAAGGGCACCCUCUCCAUCUUCACCGCCCUCACCGGUGUCUUCCUCUAUUGCUCGACGACGGCGACCACCAGCGAGGCGCUCCUCGGCUGGAACUGCGCCUUCAACUUUUGCAGCAACGUCAUGUACGCCGUGCUCUACGGUUACACGCCCGAGGUCUUCCCCACGCCGCAGCGCGGCACUGGCAAUGCGCUGGCUGCCAUCUGCAACCGCGUGUUUGGAAUCAUGGCCCCCAUCAUCGUCAUGUUCGCGAACCUCAAGACCUCGGCGCCCGUAUAUACCAGUGGUGCACUAUUUCUUGCUGCGGGAGUCAUCGUCAUUCUGCUGCCGUUUGAGUCAAGGGGCAAGGCAGCACUCUAA